AUGGCCGAGGCGUUGAAUCGAGAUAAUGCAGGCGUGGAGCUGGCUGGAUCGCGGAGUGAACCUAUACGGGAGGUCGGUGGUGCUGAUCUUCAGACUCAUCGCAACGAGCCAGAUGAUCGCAAUGACGGCAAGACAAUUCACACAUGGACCGGGCCAGAUGACCGGGACAAUCCGUUCAACUGGACCACUUUUUACAAAUGGGUAGUUACGCUCACCGUCUGCUUCAUCUCCAUCUUGACCGGCCUGCCAGCGGGCUCCUACGGUGCUGGUGCCUCCUACAUCGCCGAACGCUUCAACGUGCAGAACAUGCCCAUCGACAACACCGUCUGGGCCACUACCAGCUGGAAUAUGGGCGCCGCUUUCUGGCCUUUGGUCUUCGUGCCCAUGACUGAGAGCAGUGGAGGGAUGCCAGGAUACGUCGGAGCAUAUAUCAUCUUCGUUGCCAGCCUCUUCGGCUCGGCCUUUGCACAGAACUUCGCAACAAUACUCAUAACACGGUUCUUUGGCGGCGGUGCGUCUUCUGUCGUCAUAAAUAUAGUGGGCGGCAGCAUCGCCGACAUUUGGCGAGGCGACAGAGCCCGUUCCAUCCCAAUGUCGAUCUUCGGCUUCACCUCGGUGGCAGGGAUUGCUCUAGGACCGUUCAUGGGUUCUAUGAUUGUCCAGAUGAACCGCACCGACCCCUGGCGCUGGAUCUUCUACAUCCAGAUCAUAUUCAACAGUGGAAAAGAGAUCUACGCUGUCAGCGAGCUGGACAAACCUUCGACCAUCAAUCUCAUUAAGAUCUCCUUCUGGCGGCCCGUGAAGAUGCUCUUGACCGAGCCAGUCGUCAGCGUCUUCACAGUCUGGGUAUCCUUCGCUUGGGGGAUUCUGCUCCUGUUUUUCUCCUCGGUUGUUCAAACCUUCGAAUCGGCCUAUGGCUUCAACAUCCUCUCCACCCGGUUGGUUCAGCUCGCCAUCAGGGUGGGCGCUCUCAUUGCCACAGUGAUCAACCCCAUCCAAGACCGUCUCUUCCUUCAGUCAGCUCGGCGUAACUCUGAGCGCCCCGGGAAGCCCAUCGCUGAAGCACGGCUGUACUUCGCCAUCCCAGGUUCCCUCCUCUUCACCGCCGGCUUGUUCUGGUACGGAUGGACUUGUCGUCAAUCGGUUCACUGGAUCGUGCCCACCAUCGCCAUCACCGCUGUCGGUAUUGGGAUAUACAGUAUCUACCUCGGUGUUGUCAAUUAUCUUACUGAUGCUUACGAGAAGUUCGCCGCGUCUGCUCUCUUGGCUGCAUCGCUGGGCCGCAACUCGUUCGGUGCUUUUCUGCCCUUGGCCUCACAGCCUCUGUUCAACGAUCUUGGCUUCGGCUGGGCUGGAUCGCUGCUCGGCUUCAUUGGUCUGGCACUGAGCGUUGCACCUGUGGUGCUGUUGUUCAAAGGCCCAGCGAUCAGGGCGCGCAGCCCUUCCAUGCGCGAGGCGGGAUACGACGACGAUGCUGAAGAAGAGGAACAGAUGCGCAGGACGAAUAGCUACGGCCACAAGCAUCACGGCCCGACCGAGAGGAGGAAGAUCAGUUUGAGGAGGCAGAGCCUGCCUGUUUGGUGA